AUGAGGGGGGCAUUAUCACCAAUCGCAGCAGCAGCAGCGUCUGCACUCUUUAAGAGCGCCUUGGCCGCUCCGCUGGUCAAUAUCGACUUGGGGAACUGGACCACGGACCGGUACGAUUACAUCGUGGUCGGCGCAGGCCCGGCAGGAAUAAUUGUGGCAGACCGGCUGAGUGAGACAGGAGGAAAGACGCUCCUCCUCGAACAAGGAGGGCCCUCUUAUGGGAUCACUGGUGGAAGGGAGAGACCUGGCUGGCUAAAUGGGACCGAGCUCAGUCGUGUUGAUGUGCCAGGAUUGUACUCAACCAUCUUCGCCACGGGUUCUGAUACCUUGCUGUGUAAUGAGCGGUAUUCUGCAUACGGAGGCUGCAACUUGGGAGGCUCCUCCUCUAUCAACGCGGGCCUGUUCUUCCAGCCGCCGUCCUCGGAUUGGGACAAUUUCCACCCUUCUGGAUGGAAGAGCUCGGACGUGGCGCCGUCUAUCCAACGUCUAUAUGAGCGCCAGCCAUCGAUCGAGAUCACCUCACAAGAUGGCCAAUUUUAUUCCCAGUCUGGCUACGACGCCGCUCGGAGUUGGCUGGUGGAUGGUGCCGGCUACGCAGAGGUCAAUAUCAACGAGCAGGCGGAUCGGAAGCAGGGCGUGUUCGGCCACACUGAGUACGAUUAUCAUAACGGCCAGAGAGGCGGGCCGGUCACGACGUACCUACAGUCGGCGCUGGGCCGGGACAACUUCUUGUUGAAGAGCAAUGUCACCGUUGUGCGGGCCGUCAGAACCGGCUCAAGAGCGACAGGUGUGCUGGCGACUGUGGGCGGGGCAAAUGUCACCAUCAACCUGACUUCGACUGGCCGUGUCAUUUUCAGCGGCGGGGCCAUGUUCAGCCCAUCCCUAUUGAUGCACUCUGGCAUUGGGCCAGCAGACGCCCUUACGACCCUGGCUCAAGCCGGCGCGCUUGAUCCGUCCCUGACGCCGUCGUUAUGGAUCAACAAUAGCGACGUUGGCAGUGGCCUCUUCGACAAUCCCAACACUUUCAUCGAGCUGAGCAGUCCAUCAGUGCAGUCGUACACAUAUUCCUACGACGGCGCCGCCAUGUCUGACAGAGACCUCUACCUCAACAACCGCUCCGGUCCGUACUCGUCUGCCGGGCAGACCUCGGUGUUCUGGACGUACAUCAACCACACAGACACACCUCCCGCAGGCCUGCAGGGCACGAUUGGCACCGCUGGCGCCUUCGGUUUUACCAACAACAGUACCAUUACGCUCAACGUAUAUGGCACGUCUGGUAUGCUUUCCACGGGGCACGUCGUCCUCAGCAGGAACAAGAACGGCGCCUUCAUACCAGGCCCCAGCAAUGGAAUAUACUAUUCGGACGCCGCAGGCCGCGACGCACAGGACAUUGCACAAUUCAUCUACGAUAUCUUCUCGGCCCUGGACAAGAGCAAAUCGGGGUUGACCCCCCUGAACAUUCCCAAAAACUCUACUGUGGACGAGAUCAAGACGUACAUCACGACUCCGUCCAGCUACGCGGUGGGCUCGGUCCAGCACUGGAGCUCGAGCUGCCGCAUCGGGAGGUGCGUGGACAACUCGACGCGGGUCAUCGGGAUGGAGAACCUGCAUGUGAUUGACGCGAGCAUACUGUCGCCGCUGACAGUCAAUCCUCAAUUUGGUGUGAUGGUCGCGGGAGAGCGGGGCGCGGAGCUAAUCAAAGGAUUAAUGGGACUUUCUAAUUGUACAGAGUCAUCCUUAAUAAGAUAA